AUGCUCCUGAUCGAUGAGCUAAAGAUGACGGAUUACCAAAAACCUUAUACCGUGAAGCUUAAUCUUCACCUUUAUUCUUCACCUCGAGUCGAGUGUUUUAAGGCACUCCCGGACGAUACAAUUGAAGUUAUCAAGUCCUCGGCUAGCGUUAUACGUAGGACUGCAAAAGAACAGAAGGAACUUCCUAUUGAGGUGGUGAAAUGCCUGCGUUUUAUAGAUGUCCCACCACCUAUUGCGGAAAAUUUAUCUUUGAGCUCUACUCGGCAGAUAUUCAAUCAUAACACUCGAUGUAUGAUUAUAAAGCUCUUGACUAGGGCCUAUGAGGUAGCUUCACGCAGUCUAGUUAUAGAAGUGAUAUAUGUGGUACGCGAUAUAGGACUGUAUAGGUCGAUCUCUAUAGUAGGGUCUUAUAGCGUCCGAGAUAGUCCCUAUAUAACCUGUUAUAGGUCGCGAUAUAAAAUGGCCGACCGUUACGGUCGAAGUUAG